AUGUCGAAACUUCUGAUCGCAGUGAAAACACGAAAUGUUUAUGAAGUGAAACGGUUAGUUGAUAGUGGUGCUGAUGUGAAUAGUAAAAAUUAUUACGAUGUCGACAGUGCUCUUCACUUCGCAGCAUCAUCUGGUUCACUGGAAAUUGUCAAAUACUUAGUUGAACAUGGUGCUGAAGUAAAUUUUCAUUCCUUUUACUACGCUAGUCCUCUUUACUCUGCAGCAUCAUUUUGUUCACUGGAAAUUGUUAAAUAUUUAGUUGAUCAUGGUGCUGAUAUAAAUUGUAAAAAUCGUCGCGUUGGUCGUCCUCUUCUUUCUGCAGCAUCAUCUGGUUCACUGGAAAUUGUGAAAUACUUAGUUGAACAUGGUGCUGAAGUAAAUUUUGAGUCCUUUUACAAUGGUAGUCCUCUUCACUAUGCAGUAUCAUCUGGUUCACUGAAAAUUGUCAAAUAUUUAGUUGAUCAUGGUGCUGAUGUAAAUUGUGAAAAUCGUUACGUUAGUCGUCCUCUUCACUCUGCAGUGUCAUCUGGUUCACUGGAAAUUGUCAAAUAUUUAGUUGAACAUGGUGCAAAUAUAAACUGUAUAAAUCAGUUGAAUGAACCUGUGAUUUACGAUGCCGUUAAGUUUGGUUCAUUGGAAAUGGUUAAAUACUUAGUUGAACAUGGUGCUGAACUAACAAAUGAAGAAAAUCUUGACAUGUCCACAAUUCUACUUCUGGCUUGUGAGGGUGGAAAUGCGUUAAUUGUUGAAUACCUUCUCCAACAUGGAGCGAUUAAAGACGUGAAUAACUGGAAAUUGAAAUCUCCCUUAAGUAUAGCAUGCCGGAAAGGUCAUACCGCCGUAGUUCAAAUAUUAAUAAAAUAUAACGUUGAUAUACGAAAAGAGAAGGAACCAUUAAUAUGUGGUAAUAAUGAGAUCAUAAAUAUGUUGAAUGUGGAUUUGAAGAAGUCUCUUAAACAUCGCGAAAAAAUUCAGAUUUUGAAAGGAAUGGACAACGUACACUUGACAAAGGUAAUAUUAUAUAUUUUACUGCAUGCAGAGCAAAAACGAUCUCAAAAUCGUCUAUUUAUUGGUUAUUAAUGUUGGCUUAAGCGGGAAGAUAAUGUGGAGUGCACCGUGUUGGCUCGGUAACCGGCUUUUCCCGUUUAAACUAGUACGUGUUUCAUACUUUUAUUGUGUUUUGUUUCAAGGUUUUAAUCACAUCAUUCGCAAAACUGCUGAAUUAUAUUGCAGGCCCUUGACUUCAAGCCAGGCGAUUCAAUAAUAUUAAUUGUUUACCUAAAAUUUCUCACCAAUAGGGCAAUGCAUUUUUGCUUUCCUUUAUCAUAUUAUUAGCAUCUAAUAAUUUACAUCAAACAAAUUGUUUCCAUCUUUCAUUAUAUUCAUUUUCAAAUCAAUGGCUUCAAAUGAAUCAACAGUACUUCUUUCAGGGGACAGCUGAGUAAUCUUUUAACUUGGUUAAAUAAUAUAAUUCUGUAUCUUUUCAUGCUCUAGCGGAGAUAAUUCUGAAUUCGAGACCAUAUACUCGAUGUAGAACUAAUUUAUUCGCCAGUCAUAGUUUUAAUAAUUUGGAUCCUUACACUUCACUUGGUGGAAUUAAUAUUAGAAUGUUAGAGUUUGUAAUCCAAGUGAGAAUAUAUACAUUUUAAGACCUAACCAGGAACGACUGCGAAAAAUGCAGCACAAGGUCCUCUGGUAGGAAUUGAACCUACGCCCCUGCGAUUCCGGUGCAGCCCUCUAACCAGCUGAGCUACAGAGGCCAGCUGUUAAGCUGUAACCGUAAGUUCAUGUAUAUAUAUGUAAUCGAGUGUGCGGGUAGUGAUAAGCUGGACUUCAAUGAUUUGGAUUCUUGCACUUCACUUGGUGGAAUUAAUAUGAGAAUGUUAGGGUUUGUAAUCCAAGUGAGAAUAUAUACAUUUUAAGAUCUAACCAGGAACGACUGAGAAAAAUGCAGCACAAUGUCCUUUUGUAGGAAUUAAACCUACGGCCCUGCGCUUCCGGUUCAGCGCUCUAACCAACCGGGCUACAGAGGCCAGCUGUUAAGCUGUAACCGUAAUUUCAUGUAUAUAUAUGUAAUCGGGUGUGCGGGUUGUGAUAAGCUGGACUUCAAUGAUUUGGAUUGUUGCACUUCACUUGGUGGAAUUAAUAUUAGAAUGUUAGGGUUUGUAAUCCAAGUGAGAAUAUAUACAUUUUAAGACCUAACCAGGAACGACUGAGAAAAAUGCAGCACAAUGUCCUCUGGUAGGAAUUAAACCUACGGCCCUGCGCUUCCAGUGCAGCGCUCUAACCAACUGAGCUACAGAGGCCAGCUGUUAAGCUGUAACAGUAAGUUCAUGUAUAUAUGGGUAAUCGGGUAGCUCAGUUGGGUAGAGUGCUGCACCGGAAUCACAGGGCCGUAGGUUCAAUUCCUACCAGAGGACCUUGUGCUGCAUUUUUCGCAGUCGUUCCUGGUUAGGUCUUAAAAUAUAUAUAUAUUCUCACUUGGAUUACAAACUCUAACAUUCUAAUACUAAUUCCACCAAGUGAAGUGCAAGAAUCCAAAUCAUUGAAGUCCACCUUAUCACAACCCGCACACCCGAUUAUCUAUAUAUACAUGAACUUACGGUUACAGCUUAACAGCUGGCCUCUGUAGCUCAGUUGGUUAGAGCUCUGCACCGGAAUCGCAAGGCCGUAGGUUCAAUUCCUACCUGAGGACCUUUUGCUGCAUUUUUCGCAGUCGUUCCUCGCUAGGUCUUAAAAUGUAUAUAUUCUCACUUGGAUUACAAACCCUAACAUUCUAAUAAGUUUAAUAAAAUGCUUUUUUCUACCAUAGGUGGGACCACCGGUGAAGUAUUUUUCACCGCAGACCUCUUUGAUGCUUGGGAAAGGUUCAAUGGGUACAUCUGUAUACGUUGGUAUCAUGGAAGAUGGUGCUGAAGUUGCUGUGAAGAGGAUCUUAAAACACGAGCUUGAAGAUACAGCUAAAAAUGAGCUAGAAAUUCUAAGUCGAAUUGAUGCAAGCAAGUCACCAUUUAUAGUAAGCUAUCGAAAAUGUUUAAAAGACGCCACUUUUGUGUAUAUAGUUUUAGAUCUCUGCGAAGAAACAUUGAAGGAACACGUUUGUACUCAAAGAUUGGAAUAUAUGCAAGACCAUGGUCCAAGAAUGAUCAAAGAAAUCUUACGCGGAAUUGAAUUUCUUCACAGUCGAAAAAUUUUGCACAGAGAUCUCAAACCAUCAAAUGUCUUGGUUGAUCUCGAAGGUCACAUAAGAUUGGCAGACUUCGGAAUAAGUCGUGUUUUGAAUGAAGAAGAAACCACAGUUCAUACAAGUGCGAAAGGAACCCGAGACUGGAUGCCCACCGAAGUUAUUGAAGCAAUGAAUAAAGAAGAGAUGGGACGUUUUAAAAAGAAAUCCGAUGUUCAGGUCGCAGGUAUGAUCGCUUUCUUCAUUUCAACCAAAGGUGAGCAUCCUUUUGGUCCUGCACUUGAACGAAUGAUAAACAUCUCAAAAGGAUCUCCUGUUAACUUGGAUAUGCUUCGCGAUCUUCAAGUUCGGAAAUUUAUUUCAUGGUUGAUCAGUCAUAACAUUAAUGAUAGACCUUAUGCUGCUGAGGCCUUGGCGGAUCCCUUUAUGGUCCAUGUAACAAAUUCUCUAAGGAAAAUUAUAUUACAAAAAUCCCGUACAUAG